AUGGCGAACGCCAUGGAGGUCGAUGAUGAAGAUGACGACUGGGACCCGAAGGUGGCUCCGGGCAUCGUUCUUCGACCACACAUUGUUCGUUGGAAUGCUGACGCUGAAGGAGAAGGAGCCGGAAAGGUUGACAAUCUAGACACAGAUCCACUACACGAUCCCGACGCAGAUGAUCAAGAUGAGAAGUGGGUCGCAGACCAGCUUCUACAGCCGGACACACGCAACGUGAAGAGCACAGAUGCCGUCCUGAACUGCCCCGGCUGCUUUACGCCCGUAUGCUACCAGUGCCAACGCCAUGAGCAGUUCACUCGCCAAUGGCGGGCUUCAGAGGUUCGAAACUGUAUCGUGGACAAAUCCGCCGCACUCUCCAUGGCCAAGGACGAUCCGGCGAAGUACUUCGCCGUUCGCUGUGAGACUUGCAAAGCGGAUGUAGGACUCCAAGACAUGGAUGGGAUUUUCCACCUCUUCCAUGUAUUGGAAAGUCUGGCAUGA